CGACUCGUUGCCAGCUGGUCUUCGUCACUUCUUGCUCUGACAUCUCCACAUCGGCGUAGUCCCCACACCACCCCCGACUGCCUAGGGGCGUAGGCGGCUGCUGAAAAGUAGGCCUACACUUCAAAAUGGCGUCGUACUAUCGACGCUUUGAAAAACGUCUCAUGAGAGUAAUGGUACCGUACCUUCUGCUCAAGUACUCAAUGAUGUUUGUUGUCGUGGCAGACUUCGAUAGUGACCUCCGCUUCGACUUCAAUAAUCCUUUCAACGAUUCCUACAUCUACGACGCGAAAGGAAUUGAUACCUGGGAAAAUAUUCAUUACGAAUCAAUGACGAAGAGGACCCUCAUUGUGGAACCACCGAGAUUACUGGAAUCGUCGUCCCAACAGACUGGUGUAGCCGUUCAGAAACCUGGUAGCAGCGAUGCGAAGAAGAUGGAUAAUAGCGCUGGUGUGAAAGAUCUCGUUCUCCUAGACACCAAGGUCUCUGAACCAACUACAAACGCGACCAAUGGCACGACCGCAGUAGGAAACUCAACGCUUGAUGACAACUGUUCCAACGAUUACUGCAUUAGUGAUCAAGACUACUACGACAUGAUAGUCCAACACAUCUUACCUUCGAAAAGUGAAUGCUUGCUGAUCGCUCUUCAUGGUGUAGUUUUCUGUGUGGGAUUAGUCGGCAACGCCCUGGUCUGCCUGGCUGUUUAUCGCAAUAGAAGCAUGCGAACCGUCACCAACUACUUCAUCGUCAACCUGGCAGUUGCUGACUUCAUGGUUAUCCUCUUCUGCCUGCCGCCUACCGUUCUGUGGGAUGUCACUCAGACUUGGUUCAUGGGAACACUAGUAUGCAAGAUCGUGCUCUACUUUCAGACUGUCUCCGUCGCCGUAUCUGUUCUGACUCUGACCUUCAUCUCGGUGGAUCGUUGGUACGCAAUUUGCUUCCCUCUCAAAUUCAAGUCGACCACUGGAAGAGCCAAAACAGCUAUAUUGAUCAUCUGGCUGCUUGCUCUCGUCUUUGGUUAUGUGGUCCACCCCUCAGCUGUAACGACGCGUCACGAUCUUCCACCUUACAGCUGCGGGUCUCGAACGGCGCGUAACGACACGCUAAGGAAUUGCACCCUUUUCCAUAUCCCGGAACUGCUGGUACUGGAAGCACAGAAAUUUGGUAAAUUUAAGGAGAUUGACAUGGAUCUGAUUUUCUUCACCCAAUGCCAGGCCACCUGGUCUGAAGGAACCGAGGGAAUGUAUCAAAUGGCUAGAAUCCUGCUUCUGUACACCUUCCCAUUGAUGUUCAUGAGCAUCGCCUAUUGCCAGAUUGUGAUCGUACUGUGGCGCUCCGAUAACAUACCAGGACACUCUGAGACCGUUCUUGUGCAUUCCGGAAAUGGGCAUGGAGGAAAAGGACGCGUCGCUAACAAUUCUACCGAAUGUCAACUGAGAUCCCGCAGGAAGGCCGCCAAGAUGCUAGUUGCUGUUGUCGUCAUGUUCGCCGUUUGCUACUUUCCCGUUCAUCUGAUCAGCAUCCUGAGAAUGACCAUGGACAUCAAACAAACCGAAGUGACUGGAGGUCUUGCUAUCGUGUCCCACUGGCUCUGCUAUGCCAACAGCGCUGUGAACCCGGUUAUUUACAACUUCAUGAGUGGAAAGUUUCGCAAAGAGUUUCAACGUGCAUUCGGAAACGUGUUCAAGCGCAAGCCUAGCCAGCGCACCACUCGCCGCGGAGAAAGCACCUUGGGUUGCCGUUACACCACCAUGUCUGCAGGCACUCACACCACUCCCAAGACCGAGAUCGUCCAGCUGAAUACCACCGUCGUCACCAUCAAUGAAAUCCCGGAACAGUCUGCCCGUGCCACUGCCCCUGCCACUGCACCUGCCACUGCCACUGCCACUGCCCCUACCACCGCCCCUGCCACUGCCCCUCGCACUGCUGCUGUAGCCUUGAACCGCGCCCACCGAGCCCUCUGCCGCCAAGACAUAAGCCCUCGCCAGGGACGCAUCCAGAGAAUCGGCCUGGAGGAAAAGGGGUGCAUUUUUGAAAUGCGCAACAUCACUGAGGAACAACAGGACGCCGACCUUGAAGAAAUCGUCAUCGACCGUGGUUAAAUCUUCAAACGACAAUGAAUUCAAUCAAUCUUCAACAUUUCGCGAGAGGAAAAUAUAAUAUCUUAAUUUUUCUUCAGAACUUGAACCAGAAAUUUAUUGUCAAACACAAGGAUGUAGAUCUAUAUUUCUUGUACUUAACAUCACUUCGCUCAUUUUGCCAAACUAAUUUUCAAAUAUAGGCUCCAUUUAGCAAAAUGUUUGCAAAUUUUCUAACUAUUUUAUGAGGAUUAGCUUAAAACUAAACAGAACUGAAAUUUUAAGGCUGAUAAUUACAGUAAUCGAACAUUAACAACCAACAUUUUAAUAAUUCACGAGUGUCAAAUUACAUAUUUACGGCUCAUAGCUCUUCAUUCCCAAAUAGAAAUUGAUAGUAAUAACUGAAAUGAGUAGUAGGAUUAAAGCUAUUUCAGUAAAUUUAUUCAUUCGCCAUGUCAAAUAUGGUUCGAAUGGGAUGUCAUUUCAGUUGUGGACAAUCAUCAACAUUCAGAGAGUCUCAACUUGACCAGAUUCGAGUUUGUAGAUCAUCGACACCUAUCCACUAGAACCAUUAAGCUAUAGCCGAGCUUCCAGCUAGAAUAAUAACGGAUCAAUUUAGCUCCAGAUUCAUAAAAUUAGAGCCUUCAGCAUUGAUCUACCAAAUUUAAUCUGAAAAUCCAUCAUACAAUCAUCAACAGCCUACUGAAUUAUCGCUGUUUCAUUUAUUCAUGGCCGCUGAUUUAUUUUUUCAUUAAAUUUUGACAAAAUGUCUUGUAAAAAACAGAGCCAAUCACAGUUUCAACAACUGAGACUAAAUUCAAAAUUGCAAGCCUAUAAGAAGAUUAGUAUCCUCUUGCUACUGCUAUACUCUUAAAAUUCCUUUUAUCGUAAAACCUCCACUGGUUUCAGUCUGUUGUGUCAAACUUUCCUGGUACCACUGAAAGAGUAUCUCUGUAAAUAAUAUUAUAAUCAUGAAUGUUUCAGAAUUAGAAAUCAGAAUCAGUAUUGUACUUGAAUAAUAUCUAAUCAUUUUCAAUGUUUUCUUUAUUGAAUGUUAAGCUUUCCUUCAAGAUCUAAUGGAAGAUUUCUUAUUUCGACUACCACUUUGAUAAAUAUAAACAGUUCUAUGUCUGAUACCCUUCGGAGAACAUUGCUCCAGUUCCAACUUGUUGCUAUAAUAUAUCUUGAUAUUUCAUUUCUCAAUGUAUAUAUAUCUUAUUGUCUAUUAAAUAACAAGUCUAUGUGUUGAAUUUAUUCAAUAGUAACGUAUUAUGAAUUUAAAAAGGUAGAUAGUAGUAACCGUACAUUGCUAGUCAUGUAUGGAGUCCAAAUUGGCGCUUGAAAUAUCGCCAAUAGUGUACCCAUCCUUUAGUGCAGUUCACAUUGUCUAUUGAACAACAAGCCUAUGUUUACAAGUCUAAGUGUUAAAUUUAUUCAAUGGUAACGUAUUAUGAAUUUAUUAAACAGGUAGAUAGUAGUAACCGUACAUUGCUAGUCACGUAUGUAGCGCUUGAAAUAUCGCUAAUAUUGUUCCCAUCCUUGAGUGCAGUUUAUAUUGUCUAUUAAACAAAAAAUAUAUAUGUUGUUUACAAGUCUAUGUGUUGAAUUUAUUCGAUAGUAACGUAUUAUGAAUUUAAACAGGUAGAUAGUAGUAAGCGUACAUUGCUAGUCACAUAUGGAGUCCCAAUUGGCGCUUGAAAUAUCGCCAAUAGUGUACCCAUCCUUGGGCGUAGUUUAUAUUGUCUAUUAAAGAAAAAGUCUGUAUGUUGUUUACAAUUCUAAGUGUUAAAUUUAUUCAAUAGUAACGUAUUAUGAAUUUAAACAGGUAGAUAGUAGUAACAGUACAUUGCUAGUCACAUAUGGAGUCCCAAUUGGCGCUUGAAAUAUCGCCAAUAGUGUACCCAUCCUUUAGUGCAGUUGAUUAAGAUGUUGAGUGUUAAUAUAAAUAUAUAUGUAAAAAAUGUGUUGUAUUAAAUUGCUGUUAGCAAUAAGUAUGACAUCGCAUAUAAAUCAUCUAAAUCAUGUCAUCAAAAUCAUGUUGCAUUUAAAAUUACUGCACAUUCAUUAAACUGAUUCAAUUUAUUCAAAUGGAGGAAUAUUACAUUGCGGCCACCCCAGACAAUUCGUCUGCUAAGUAUAUUAUUGAAUUGUCUAUUUCAAAUUGUUCCCUAAGAAGAAUAUAUUUCGCGAUAAACUGUAUUGGAUUUGACGUUAACGUUCUUUAAUUCAACCCAAUCGUUGCACUAGGUGUCAUCACCUCACACUCCAAAAACCACUUCAUCGAACUGCUAUUUUAAAAUCAAAUCAAAUAGUUUUAUUAUUUGUUCUUGAGCUAAUACUCAUACAAGCUAUACAUGACUAAGCUUUUGUCCUGUUUGUUCUAAUGUAAAUUUCAUUUAUCUGCGUUGCAUUCAUUAUUAUUCACUUAAAUUGAUAUUCUCAUUCUUAUUUCUAUUUAUUUAUUUUAUUUGCUCCAAUCUUUAUUUCAUUAAUCUCAUUACUUUCUAGUUUGGCCGAGGUGCUGCCGGACAAGAAUAGCAGGCCUAGCGUCCCAACAACCCAAGGUGCUAGAGUGGUAGAACCCCACCGAAAAUCCGGGUUCCUUUAUAUCCAUAAUCCUCAAUAUUCUACAUCCUUACCCCUCAACUAGCCUUAAUAUCCUCCUCUUGUACCUGACAUAUUUUCCACUUCCCUGUAAAUUCUGCAGAUUGAAUUCAUCCAUAUCACCCAUCAUUUUCAUUUUCAGCAUGAAUUUUCACAAAUAUGUUUUAUUAUUUUAAUUAUAAUAAAAGUGUUAUUAUGUUGUUUAUUAUUACCAAUGUCUGCCAUAGGUCUUGUCAGACCUGACAAUGUAAGAUCCUGUAAUCUAAUAAUAUUACUAAAUUUUCAAGAACAAAAAUUUUCAAGCCUAUGAUGUAACAUUGAGUUACUUAUCUAGCAGAUUUCAAAGCAGCAACUACUGGAUCAAAAAACAAAACACAUUUCGACAAUGAAAAACAAAGAUUGAUCAAUACAUUUUUCAUUGAUUAUGUCCAAUUUCUCAUAGUCUCAGUUCGCUUUAUUCAUCUCAUAUCAAUCAUUUCAAUCGUUUUGAUAGGUAGGCUCAUACAUGUAAGUUAAUAUGAGUAUCUAGAAAUUGGACAUUUAUUCAAUCAUUAAUAAAAACCUCAUCUGAAAAUACUCAUCAUCUGUAUGUAGAUAAUCAUAAAAAUAGUGUGUAUUGAAUCAUAUGAGAUUAUUCAUACUGCAGAGGUAUGUUUAAUUUUUUCAUUGUUGUUUUCAAUGAAUUGAACAAGUAGUAGUUGGCCUAUUUAAAUAUUGAAUUAUUAUAAAUGUCUGUGUUGUUUAUAUGAAUAUUUUAAUGGAACUUGGAGUAAUAAAUGUACAAUUCAAAUGUGUUACCGUACAUUAAACUAAUCUAUCAUGGUCCUAGGACUUUUGUAGACUCCACCAAAUGAAUAAUUUUUUUUAAACCGCAUUUUUCAAAGCAGUUGUAAUUCAAAACAAAUUUUGCGAUUGCCGGUACGAGAUACCAGUUUAAAAAAACAGUAUGGAAUGUGUAUUUCAAAAGAAGCUUUUCCCUUAAAAGUGGUGAGUAAUAAAAUGAGGGAGUCAGUAACUUAUAGAAUGACUUGAAAAAUUCUCAAGUUACCAUAUUAGGCUGAACCAUAAAUUCAGAAUUCAGUUUUCAGAUGAAAAUUCCUGGGAUCAUAUAGGUUGCUACUACGGUCUGUAUAAAUAGAUGAUUAAGAACUGUGUUUUGUAUUUAUCAAUAUUUGUAUUCGUGUAAUCAGAUAUAAGGUACUACAUGUAACCUGAGAGGCCGCUGACCCGCAAAGUAAAACGCAUAAUUCUAUAUGGCUACGUGUUAAUUGUUGUAAUUCAAAAUAUAAAUGUUUACUUGUUGUAUGUAUUAAAAAUCUUCAAGUGGAGAGAUAGUAACUGAUAUGUAAGAUAAAUGUUGAUGUUUGUCAAAAUUUAUUUAAAAGAAACAGAAUUUAUUGAUUGUUUUUGAGUAAUCAAACAAUCGGCCAUCGGUGCAUAGUUACCAUUAUUAAUCGAUGUUUACGCACUUCUCAAAAGAAGCUGAUUCUUAUUCUUAAAUAUAAGUCAUAUGGUAGUUGAUGGUUAGGAGAUAGAUUAAAUGUUGACCCUUUUCAUUGAUCCCAAUGCUUAUAAGUGAUACAUACGAACUCAUAUUGUCACUGCCACUCUACAUUGGAUGAUGGCAUCUGUUUUAUGGAAAUUAUGAGUAGUACUUACAGUAUAGAAAAAGCUGAAUUAUAUGCAUGAAUAUACAUUAAAAUGUAUGAAUGGAUUAUAAAAGCGAUUUUCUCAUAUUAUACGACUUCUAACAUUCAUAAAACUAGUCGAAGGUCUUGAAAGUUAUGGUUAUACUACAUGAUUGGUGUGAUUUAGCAUAAUCAAGUUCCAACUUGAGUUGGCAGUUGGAUUUUACUGGGUCGAAACGAAUAGUAAUUUGAAGGCAGAUUGGUGGUGAUGAUAUUUGAUUGUACUCACUACAUGUGUAUAAACCGCUAUCACCUCUUCAUAUUCAAUGUUGACACUCUGUUAUUAAAUUGUAUUGCAUGUUAUGUCAAAGAAUGUUAAUGAUAAGUUGGGAUGAGCUCAAGAACAUCUCAUGUCGUAUACUGAAAAUGUAAUAGUAAGUAUUUUCCUUGGUACAAUACUUAAGGCUCUUGCACUCUGUACCAACAAGGUAAAUUCCAAGCCUGUAUAAGUACCGGUAGUGCUCAAGGAAUUGAUAGGUGAAACAAAAUCUCGCCAAUUCAAAAUGAAUUUCUAUAUUCAUAGUAGUUAUUGUACACUUUGACAUUAAGCAAAAUUUCAUUGUAUUUUUCGUAUUUAUCUAUGUGAUAUAGACCUAUUACCGUAUAUGUUUUUUAUGCAUAUCUACUUGACUGUUUAUGAGACUUAAUCGUUGGUGGAAUAUAAUUAUAUUAUGAGUAGAUGUAGAUGAUAUAGUCAGUGUUUUUUCUCAAUAUAGAACAAAAUAAUAGCUAUUUAUGUAAUAAGAGCGUAGAGAGCGACUUUAUUGCUUGAGCAAAGCAGUUAUCGCGCAACACAUAGUGGAGCGCGAUAAUUUUGUGAAAACAAUGAAAAAGUUUCACGCUCGAGUUACAUACAAGUUUUUUCUACAACUGCUGUAUGGGACUACAAACCAAUAGAUACAGAAAUAUACCUAUAUAUUGUCUCCAUAGAUGAGGUUAUGAACCUUAGCCAUCAGGAACUUUGAUAACUAUAUCGUAUCAUAUUAGUCCAGUCAACAAAGGGUUAUAGAAGGAAAAGUUUGGAAAGCAAUUUUUGAACCCGCAGUUCUGUUUAGGAUAGUAAAGACGUAAGCAAUUCAUAACUGCCCAUCCCUACCAUCUGUGCUUAGGGGGUUGGCAGGUGGUACAUAAGUACCAUCUAUUGGUUUCUCACAUAUAACUCGAAAACUAUUAAUCUUACGGACAUGACUAUUUCAUACAAAAUUGAAAUUUACAUAAUGUCCGACAAUAUUGAUUGAUAGCAACCAUUUCUAUAUCUUCCAUUGUUUUCGAGAUAUUCGCUCUUGAAGGUGUGACAUUUUGAAAAGAAACACGUUUGCCUCCAAUUGUUUCCUAUUUUUGCGCUUAUAACUAUUAAAAAAUCUAUGGAAAAUAUCAAUGCAGAUUAUGAGUUUAUAGAGCAUCAAAUUCUCUUCAAUUUUAUGUAUAAUUUCACAAGUUUCCCAACCACUGUUGCAACAGCUUCAGUAUUGAGUGUGAAAUCUUCAGUUUCGCAUCAAUAGACAAAUAAUUGACAGAGAAAACUGAAGGGAAUGUUUCAAACACAAUUUUCGACUUUGCAGCUUUGUUGGGACUAGUAAAUAGCUGAACAUGUCAAAAGGCCUCAUCCCUACCUCUUGUGCUAAAGGGAUUAGGGUGGACUACAAGUUACAUUUUACAAUUUUUUUGCUUAUAAAUACGCUAAUAUCUUGGGAACAAUGCAUUCAAUCGACAUGAUUAGUAUUCGAAAAUAAAGCUUGAUAGAUUCUCUACCAUUUUUUAUCAGUAGAGUUUUUAGUGACUCCAACAGUUUUCGAGAUAUUAGCUCUUGAAAGUGUAAAAUUGUUAAAAUUUAGGUUUUUAUCCAUUUUCUAUGCUUUUUCAGAGCAUAUAACGUGCUAAUAUGCAAUUCAUCGUAAAAAUGGAUGCUAAUCGUAGGUACUUUAGUGGAGCAUUAAAAUCUCUUUAAACUGAUGUAUUACUCCAUUAUUUCAUGUUUCCCUUUCAUUAAUAUAGCAGUGUCAAUGUGGGGGGGUGAAAUUUUAUAUUUCGCAACAUUUGAACAUUUGACAUUGAAAUUUCUGGAAAACAAUUUUUGACAGCUCAAUUGGGACUACUAAGAAGGUAAACAUAACAAAAGUGCGCAUCUCUAGCCCAUCUGUUAAGGUGUGUUCACAUAGAGCAACUAAGUUGCAGUACAUCAGGUAGAAAUCUACAAAAAAAUACACCUCUGGUUCUAGUGAACUGUGCUGUAGUCAGCAACUUAGAUCAAAGGCGGUUUUCAAAGAAUAGCUGUAAGGAAAGGCCAUUCAUUCCUUUCAAACAGAGACAGCAUCUUUGUAUCUUGCAGUUGAGAGAGCAGAUUUGCAUUUCAAUAUACUAUACGAUAUGUAGCUUAAAUUUUGUUGUAGGAGAAAAAAAUCAAAUUUCUUGAGAUUCAGUAUGGAAAGCAGAAUGUGAUAACAUUUUGAGAAAUUCAAAAAAUAUCUCAAAUUACAUGCUCUGAAAAUUUUUGUUGGAGAAGAUUUCCCCUACCAUUGUUCUACGGUCCCAAACUUUGUUGAGAUGUAUUAUUGUCUACUGGGGGUAGAAUCGUGCUUUUCAUAUUUCACUGCAAGCAACAGUUGCAGGUUGCAGUGAAUCCAGUAGAUAGGAAACGCUUGUUUUCUAUUCCUCACAGAAAAAGUUCCUCACGUAAAAACACCCUUAAAGGUGUGGAACCGCCAAGUUGACACUUAUUGCUGAGUUGAAAACGUCAUCCCCCUCACAUUGAAACUGCUAUAAAAAUAAAAGGAGAACAUGAGAUAUUGGAAUAAUACAUCAGAUUAAAGAGAUUUUAAUGCUCUAGGGUGUGUUAACAUGAGCAAUUUCUUGAUACAACUUAUUCUGUGAGGAAUAGAAGAUAAGCGUUUCCUAUCUACUGGACUCACUGCAACUUGCAACUGUUCUGUUUUAUAGAAUGACUGCAGUGAAACAUGAAAAGCACGAUUCUUCCCCCAGUAGACAAUAAUACAUCUCAACAAAGUUUGGGACCGUAGAACAAUGGUAGGAGAAAUCUUCCCCAACACAAAUUUUCAGAGCAUGAAAUUUGAGAUAUUUGAAUUUCUUGAAAUGCUACCACAUUCUGCUUCUCAUACUGAAUCACAAGAAAUUAAAUUUUUUCUCCUACAACAAAAUUAAAUUUGAGCUAUAUAUUGUAUAAUUUAUUGAUAUGCAAAUCUGCUCUCAACUGCAAGAUACAAAGAAGCUCAAAGAAGCUCUGUUUGAAACGAAUGAAUGGCCUUUCCUUACAGCUAUUCUUUGAAAACCGGCAUUGAACCAAGCUGCUCUAGUGAGCCAGGGAUGUAAUUUUUGUAUAUUUUUACCUGCUUUUCCACGACUUAGUUGCUGUAUGUGAACACAUCCCUUCAAACCUACGAUAAGCAUUCAUUUUUACGAUGAAUUGUUGUAGUUAUAAGCCCUGAAAAAGCAAAAAAAAAAUGGAUGAAAACCUCUUAUUUUAACAAUUUUACACUUUCAAAAGCUAAUAUCUCAAAAACUGUUGAAAAUUCCACAAACCUUUACUGAUCAAAAAUUGUAGAGUAUCGAUCAAGCUUCACAUAUUUCGUGAACAGUUAUAAAUUCAGUUGAAUGCAUUGUUCCAAAGAUAUAUAAGCGUAUAAGCAAAAAAAUUGAAAAUGCAACAUUUAAACCACCCUCAUCCCCUUAGCACAAGGGGUAGGGAUGAGGACUUUAUAUACGAUCACCUAUUAACUAGUCCCAACAAAGCUGCAAAGUCGAAAUUGUUUUCGAAACAUUCCCUCCAAAUUUCUUUGUCAAUUAUUGGUCUAUUGUUGCAAAACUGAAGAUUUCACACUCAAUACUAAAGCUGCUGCAACAGUGGUUAGGAAACUUGUGAAAUUAUACAUAAAAUUGAAGAGAAUUCGAUGCUCUAUAAACUCAUAAUCUGCAUUGAUAUUUUCCAUCGAUUUUUUUAAGUUAUAAGCGCAAAAAUAGGAAACAAUCGGAGACAAACGUGUUUCUUUACAAAAAUGUCACACCUUCAAGAGCGGAUAUCUUGGAAGCUAUGGAAGAUAUGGAAAUGGUCGUUGAGUCAAUAUUGUAGGAAAUUAUGUAACCUUCAAUUCUGUAUGAAAUAGUCAUGUCUGUAAGAUGCAUAGUUUUUGAGUUAUAUGCGAGAAACCAAAGAAAUGUACCUUUGUACCACCCCUACCCCCUUAGAACAGGUGGUAUGGGUGGGAACUUCUGAUAUGUCUACCUCCUUACUACCCUUAAAAGAUAUGCGGGGUCAAAAACUGUACUCCAAACUUUUCCUUCUAUACCCUUUUUUGAGCAUUCAUUGCCUGGACUUUAUGGCUAGAAUAACCAGCGAUCAUAAAAUUAUAUUUCUUUUUUCAUCUACCAAGAAGUAAUAAACGUACUGCGCAUGUGCAGCAAGCGAAAAUGAAGGUAAUGUGCAUGCACAGGAAGCGUAAAAUAGUUUAUUGGUUACCUACACAAAAAUCAGCUAUUUUAAUUAUUUCGGCUAUUUGGAUUAAUUUUCAGUAUGUAAUGAAGUGUUUUACAAGCAGUUGUAGAAAUAUAUACAUAUAUAUGUGUUGGGUGUAGAAAACAUUAAUGUGUAUGGAUGUACUUUGUAAUAAAAAAUUGUGGAAAA